AUUAUUAUUUAAAAAAAAGAAGCUUAUUUCUGUUUUUCUCGUUUUCCUCCGCAAAAAUCUCUCCGGUGUCUCUUUGGUCUCUCUCUUUCGGUUUGUUUUUCCCGUUUCGACUCUGAAUUCUGGAAAAUUGAACCAAACAGAUCUACCAAGCUCACAGUGCAGGUUUGUUCUAGGGUUUGCUUCCCCUCUUUAUGCCCGAAUCGAGAUUAAACUCUUUCCUUAGUUUCAGAUUAUGCACAUUUGGCAAGCGUUUUGAGCUUAGUUCUACUGCGGAUUUUAUCGGCUAAGUGAAACUGUAGUUAACAGAGUAAUUUGUAGCUAAUAGCUAUGAACAUAUAUACUCUGGAAAUAGUGUAACCAAGAAUGCCGGGCAUCCCUUUAGUGGCUCGUGAAACCUCAACCUAUACAAGAAGCACGGAUCAAAUGUGCCGUGAAGAUGGUCGUCUGCAUUUGUCUGCAGAAGAGGAAAUGGCAGCCGAAGAGAGUUUUUCCAUAUAUUGCAAGCCUGUGGAACUCUAUAACAUCCUCCAGCGUCGUGCAAUAAGAAAUCCAUCAUUUCUGCAAAGAUGUUUGAACUACAAAAUACAAGCAAAGCACAAAAGAAGAAUACAAGUGACGAUUUCCCCGAUUGUGACUGUGAAUGGAAGUUCAGUUUCUUGUAGUCUCUUUCCCUUGUACAUUUUGUUGGCAAGAGCAUUUUCUGACAUUGGGAUUUCAGAGUAUUCUGCAGUAUAUCGCUUUCGUCGAGCAUGUGUUUUGACCAACUUCUCUGGAGUAGAGGGAAGUACCCAAGCUCAUGCAAAUUUUAUUCUCCCUGAAAUCAAUAAGUUAGCAUUGGAGGCCAAGUCUGGUUCACUUGCUAUCUUGUUUGUUAGCUUUGCUGGAGCCCAAAGUCCUGUGCAUGGAGUUGAGAUAACCAAAGGCCAUUUAGAAAAUGUUGGAGGAUGCUGCCUGUUGGGCUUAAUACCACUGGAAUCACUCUAUAUGUCAUUGGAGAAGUCACCAAACUUGAGUUUGGGACAAAGGGUGGAGGUGACAUCUCAGGUUGACAUGAAAUCAUGCUUCUUGAAGUUAAGUUGUUUCAAUGAUGACAAAUGCCUUUCGAUUCAAAUUCCACAUGGCUCUGAAACUGUGAAUACUUCACAACACAUUCAAGUCAACAUUUCUGCUGAAGAGGUUGGGGCUAAGGAAAAAUCUCCUUAUCAUUCAUACACAUGUGGUGACAUUUCUUCAUCAUUAUCUCAUAUUAUUGGGUUGAGGGCUGGAAACGUCAUCUUCAACUACAGGUAUUACAAUAAUAAGUUGCAAAAGACUGAAGUAACUGAAGACUUCUCGUGCCCAUUCUGCUUGGUAAGAUGUGCAAGUUUUAAGGGUCUAAGAUACCACUUACCUUCAUCACAUGAUCUCUUCAAUUUUGAGUUUUGGGUGACUGAAGAGGUUCAAGCUGUAAAUAUAUCAGUGAAGACUGAUAUCUGGAGAUCUGAGAUUGUUGCUGAUGGUGUUGAUCCAAAACAACCAACAUUUUUCUUUUGCUCAAAGAAGCCAAAGCACAAAAGACGCAAGAACUUUGUUCAAAAUGUAAAGCACGUACAUCCGUUCAUCCUUGAGUCUAACUUACGUAUCGGAGCCUCUUGUAUCCUUGAUGAACCUGUCGAUGUGUGUAUCUCAGGCAGGAAGGAUUUGCCUACUGCCAGCAUUGGCGCUGUAGCAGUUAUAGAAAAUGUUCCUUCCAGCUUUGGAUGUGCAGCACAAGCAUAUCCUGAUCCUGAAUGCGUUCAAUCAGCAUCUGCAAACAAUUUUGCGCCCCCUGCCAUGUUGCAAUUUGCAAAGACACGAAAAUUAUCUAUUGAACGGUCUGAACUGAGAAAUCGUACCCUCCUUCACAAACGACAGUUUUUUCACUCACAUAGAGCUCAGGCAAUGGCAAUCGAGCAAGUAUUAUCGGAUCGGGAUAGUGAGGAUGAAGUUGAUGAUGAUGUUGCAGAUUUUGAAGAUAGGAGGAUGCUUGAUGAUUUUGUGGAUGUUACUAAAGAUGAAAAGCAAAUGAUGCACUUGUGGAACUCAUUCGUGAGGAAGCAACGUGUCCUGGCAGAUGGCCAUAUUCCUUGGGCAUGUGAGGCAUUCUCGAGAUUACAUGGGCAUGAUCUUGCAAGAGCCCCAGCCCUAAUUUGGUGUUGGAGAUUAUUUAUGAUAAAACUAUGGAAUCAUGGUCUUCUAGAUGGGCGCACGAUGAACAGGUGUAAUAUUACCCUGGAGCAACACCAAAAGCAGGUCCUAGAUCCUGUGAAAAGCCAAGAGAGAUGAUCCUUUUUGUUGGCAAUCAGAGAAUGAAAAAGCAAAGAGGAAAGGCUUUAUUAUGAUGUGGUGAUCAAGGGCAAUCUUGAAGGUCCUUCCUGCUUUCAUCUUGUGAUUUUGUGCCAUUUUCUAUUGAUGAAAUUAUUUCAUAGCAAUAAGUAUUUUCACCAAAUCUGGAUUAUUAAAGUGAUGCGUAUCAUUGAUUGCUUAUGCUUUGACAUUUGAAGCCUCCUCUUAUUGUGUCAUAUGAUUAAUGUCUUAAUUACGUUAUUACAUCCAUUAAUUUGUGGAGAUGAAUUUCAUGGAGUAAUAUUUCCGUGUUUUCUUACA